AUGAGACGGCGGCAAAAUCGUGAAGCGAAUGAUGACGACGAAACCUGGAGUAAGGAUCGGCGUCUAAGUGCGCGGAGUAAACUUACGCAAGCAGGACUUGCAGCUGAAAUACGUUCUGUUGCUAAGACGAAGAUAGGAUUGAAUCAGUCAGCUGUUUCUAAAUUAUUGAACGGGCAGGAGGUUCCAAAAGAUAAUGACACUGUUGAUGCUAUAAAGGCAUGGAUUGCGUGCGAAGGUCAGAAAAGGGCUAUCUUUGAAACGGGACUCCAAGUCCCGAGAGUAGACUCUGUUCACUCAACGGGUGAUGAAAUACAAUCGGACGUAGAAGUUGUCAUCAUAAAUACAACCCCUUUCAUUCGAUUAUUUGUGUUCCUUUCGUUAUCUUUAAUACUCAAGUCCAUAACUUAG